GUAUGGUUUUCUGCCGGCAUCAGUGGUCAGAAAUAGGGUAUCGAUUUUGGCCAUUUUGGUCUCAAAUAGGAGUGUUGCACUCUAGUCUUGAAUUGGGUAUGUUUUUUAGAAGAAGUUAUCAUACCUAAUAAAAGUAUAUAAACAUUACCUUUAAUUAACACAGGUCUAGGGAACUAAUUAUGAUAAGGCAGGCCUGAAACAGGUCGAGUGAUUAAAGGCUCAGGUAUUAAAUUUUUGGUCAGGUAAUAAAUAGGGUGGGGAAAAUAGCACAUCUUGGUCUUGCAAUAGGGUACGGUCGGUAAGGUUUUUGGUAAGCGGGCCGCACACCUUUACCCGAAUUUUCUGGGCCGCGAGUAGACCAUCCCACGCCCCCCCGUCCCGUCCCGAGGAAUAGCCUAUUGAGGCUUAGUUGCCCAGCCUUCGCCACAUUGCAGUCAGUCCCAUUCAAUGGUGUUGGAAAAUUUGCAACUUGUACCUCGUUUAAAUUUGUUGUGUAAAUUUUGAGGACUACACCACCUGUGUAAGGCAAACAAACAUUUCCGUCGCGACUGUGGAAUUUAUGCAAAUAUCCCUAUUCCAAUUGAAGGAUUUUUUUGGCGUUUUAGCCAAGGUGACCCGGAGUUUUGUAAAAGUCAUCUACAUCGAAGGUGGUCUUGAAAAGCUGAUCAUUUCGGCUAGCACUAUUACACAUUAACUCACAGUGGGCCAGGAUUAUUCAAUCGAGUCGCCAGCACAACGCCAGCACGAAGCUGUAAUUGUUCCCCUUAGUGUUGUAAUGAAACCGUUACAGUUAUAUUCGAUUUUGGCUGUUGGCUUUGUCUUCUCUUCCAAAGGAGAUGCCAUUAAAUGCAACUAUUGCCAAAGCAGAGUCUCAUAUGAAGACUGUGACAAGAAUAUCAAAUACGUUGAGUGUGGAGAAGAGUUUGGCCUCGACAGAUGCGCCAAGACUCAUAUCAAACCCUCCAGUAAAAGGGAAGCAAGAUACGAGAGAGGAUGCCAGACUGCAGCUAGAUGCAAGCAGCCAGCCUGCAAAGUGUAUGGUUACGACGUGUGUGAAGUAUAUUGUUGUACGAAGGAUUACUGUAACAAAUCUUCGUUGCCAAUUGUCAGCGUUACUUUGUUAUUCACGAGCUCCGUGUUAGCUUUCUUCACGAAGCUAGUGGGUUAAAGGAAAAACAAAGCAUCCCUUUGUUGCUAACUUUGCUUCUUGUAUACGGAUAAGGUUUUUUUUUUUCUUUCACCUAGUUUUUUUUUAUUUGUCUUUUACAGCAAAACAAUCAAUUUCCAGCUUAAAAAAAGACAUAAUUCCCGGUAUAAUAAAUAUGUGAUUAGCGUGCAAACCUAGAUAUCUUAUGCAGCUCUUCAACAAAAGAGUGAGUUAGUGUAUGCAGAUAGUGGCUCGAGA